CUCCACUCCACACCCCCCCCCCAUCCGCCCUCUAUCCUCAAUUCCGAGGAAUUCGCCCUCCUAUCUCCGGAGAGUCAUUUUUGAUCGCUAAUUAUCUGUACUUCGCGCGCAAGCCCCUCGCACAAGAUGUUCCUUCGCUCCGUGACCCGCGCUGCCACUCGCAGCUCGGCUAUGCCCUCGACUGCCCUUCGCUCCUACCGCACCGUCUCGGGCCCAAUUGCCUCCCUGAACGCUCGUCCCCAGACUGAGAAGAAGUCGAUCGCUCCCCAGCAGAUCCGCGCCGCCUCCGAGCAUGCCAUCGCCAACCCCACACUCGCCGGUAUCGAGAAGCGCUGGGAGGCCAUGCCCCCCCAGGAGCAGGCCGAGCUGUGGAUGCAGCUGAGGGACCGCAUGAAGGUCGACUGGCACCAGAUGACUCUCCAGGAGAAGAAGGCCGCCUACUACAUCUCCUUCGGCUCCCACGGCCCCCGUUCCCUCCCCCCCAAGGGCGAGAACCUGAAGAUCUUCUUCAAGGUCAUCCAGCUCACCCUGGUCAGUUUCGGUAUCUUCUACGUCAUUCACUUGUUCGCCAAGCCCCUCCCCAAGACCAUGACCAAGGAGUGGCAGGAGGCUUCCAACGAGUACGCCCUGAAGGAGAAGAUGAACCCCAUCUACGGUAUCAGCGCCGAGGGCUACGAGGGCAAGGGUUUCGUCCAGAGCCCCCCCGCUGAGAAGCAAUAG